AGCAACAUGGCGGCCUCUCUCCCCCCGCUACGCUCCUCCUUCAGGAUGUGCAGCCCGCUAACGUUGCACCAUCCCCGCUGCCGGGCCAGGCUGCGGACCCACAGGAAGUGCGAGAGCCAGCGGAGACAUGUGCACCAGUCUGCGGGCAGGCAUGCUGCUGUGGUGAUUUCGGGGACGGAGUUGGCUCGUCAGCUCCACAGAGAAAUCCAGCGUGAUGUGGAAGAGCUGGUAGCUCAGGGCAACAUGAGACCCCACCUAGGAGUGGUCCUAGUGGGGGACGACCCGGCCAGUCGGACCUAUGUCAGGAACAAGACCCGGGCCGCCAGCAUCCUGGGUAUUUCCAGUGACACAAUGGUGAAGCCGAGCUCGGUGUCCCAAGAGGAGCUGCUGGAGCUGAUUGACAAGAUGAACCGUGACUGGAGGGUCAGCGGCUUGUUAGUACAGCUGCCACUUCCCGAGCACAUCAAUGAGCGAGCAGUGUGUAAUGCCAUCGCUCCAGAGAAGGACGUGGAUGGUUUCCAUAUCGUGAAUAUUGGGAAACUGUGUCUGGACCAGAGAUCCAUGGUGCCUGCUACCCCUGCAGCAGUCUGGGAGAUCAUCAAAAGAGCAGGUAUUGAGACAGUUGGAAAGAAUGUGGUGGUCGCUGGUCGCUCCAAAAAUGUCGGAAUGCCGAUCGCAAUGUUGCUGCACACUGACCGCAACCAUGAACGACCUGGAGGAGAUGCCACAGUGACCAUUGUCCACAGAUGUACACCGAGGGAGCGGCUGAAGGAGCUAACCAGCCUGGCUGACAUCAUUAUUGCAGCUGCAGGUGUCCCCAGACUGAUCACAGCAGAUAUGGUGAAAGAGGGCGCAGCGGUCAUCGACGUCGGCAUAAAUCGGAUCCACGACCCAAAGACGGGAAAACUCCGGCUCAUUGGUGACGUGGACUUUGAGGGAGUGAAGGAGAAGGCAGGAAUCAUCACUCCUGUUCCAGGGGGCGUGGGUCCCAUGACGGUCGCCAUGCUGAUGAAGAACACUGUGACUGCUGCGAGAAACGCACUGAUGCAUUAAACACUGACACACUAUAAA